UUCUCUGACACCAUUGACGAGCUCCAUAGCUUUCCCGCGAAACAAAGAGAAAAAUACCGAGAAAAUAGAAAAAUAAAAAUAAAAAUAAAGUCAUUGUCUUCUCUCUGUCUCUACCUCUGCAAUUGUGCAAUCUGUUUCCUUUCAUUCAUUCAUUCAUUUAUUUAGUUUAUUUUUUUGAUAUGAAACUCAAAACUUUAUGUUUUUUAGACAAACACCAAUUUAUUUUUAAUUUAAUUUACCAAGUUUUCAUCCUAUUUUUUUGUUUCUCAUGGAACUGUAUGCUACGUGAAAGGAACAAAACAUUUGAGAAAAGAGAAAUGCGCGUCCAUAACAAAGUCUAAUCAUCAUGUUCUUUUUCUCCUUUUUGUUAAAGAAAUCAUCAAAGUUGAUGAAUUUUUUUAUUCCUUUUUGUUAGCUUCGUCGAACAUUAUUUAUGUUUCGUUGACCGGUUUUCUAGACACAUUACAACGUGUCUGCUUCUUCUGGGGUGUUUGGUCUUUCAACACAUAUCUCACGUUGUUGUUUUUCCUUAAAACUAUUUAGAUUCUCUUGUUGCAGGCUAUUUAUUUUGUAUCAGCCUGCAUCAUAAUCAUAAUCUUCUUCAAUAGCCACCUUUCUCUUUUUUCUUUGUUUAGUUUUUUUUUUCCCUUUUUUUUGUCAUUCCUUGCUGGGUUUUGACCCUUUUCUGAGAUUCACCCGUUUUGUUUAAAAAUUUAAUUUUUUUUAUCCACUGUGAUAAAAGUGGUUCUGAUUCUGAAGUUUGAGCCUUUUGGGUUCUGAGUUCUGUUUGGCAUUGAGGAAUUUACACUCAGAACCAAGAUUUUAAAAAAGUUCAGAGAAGCUCAAUCUAGACAGAAAACAUUAAGGUUUUAGAAGGCUCUGCAACAUUAUAAGCAGUAUUAAACUGUGAUUUUUUAUCACAAUUGUGAUUUAAAACCUUGUUUGAAAGUUGAAAAGUGAGGUGAGAAAAAUGAGGGGUAAAAGAAGGAGGAAGUUACAUCUUAGUAAGCUGUAUUCAUUUGCAUGUGGCAGACAAUCGUUGAUGAAAGGAGCUGAACAUUCACAGAUUGGAGAGCGUGGAUAUUCAUGGGUGGUAUUGUGCAAUGAAGAAGAGAAUUCUUCUGAGGAAGGAAUUAAGAACAAGUAUGCAGAUAAUGCAGUGAGGUCUACAAAAUAUACUGUUGCUACAUUUUUGCCUAAGUCAUUGUUUGAACAGUUUAGGAGAGUUGCUAAUUUCUAUUUUUUGGUAACUGGUGUUAUGUCAUUCACAAAACUUGCUCCUUAUACAGCUGUUAGUGCUAUCCUUCCUCUUGUUAUUGUUAUUGGGGCUACAAUGGUCAAAGAGGGCAUCGAAGAUAUGCGUCGCAAAAGGCAGGAUAUUGAGGUGAAUAAUAGAAGAGUUAAUGUGCAUAAAGGAAAUGGAACUUUUGAAUAUACUGAGUGGAAGAAUCUGAAGGUGGGACGUAUAGUAAAGAUAAUGAAGGAUGAAUUCUUCCCUGCAGAUCUUAUACUUCUUUCAUCAAGUUAUGAGGAUUCAGUCUGUUAUGUUGAGACAAUGAAUUUGGAUGGAGAGACAAAUUUGAAGUUAAAACAAGGAUUGGAAGUAACUUGUUCUUUACAUGAGGAUUUUGAGUUCAGUGAUUUUAGAGCUUCAAUCAAAUGUGAAGAUCCAAAUGCAAAUUUAUAUUCAUUUGUCGGGAGUAUGGAGUUUAAAGAUCAACAAUAUCCCUUAUCUCCUCAGCAACUUCUUUUAAGAGACUCAAAACUUCGUAAUACGGACUACAUAUUCGGUGUUGUCGUCUUCACCGGUCAGGACACAAAAGUCAUUCAAAAUUCUACUGAUCCACCUUCAAAGAGAAGCAAAGUGGAGAAGAAGAUGGAUAAGAUUAUCUACCUAUUGUUUUGUAUAUUAAUUUUUAUGGCACUUGUUGGAUCUAUUUUCUUUGGAAUUGCAACUAAAGAUGACUUGGAUGAUGAUGGUAGGGUGAUGAAAAGAUGGUAUCUAAGACCAGAUGAUUCCACAGUUUUCUUUGAUCCUAAAAGUGCUUUUGCAGCUUCUGUAUUGCAUUUUUUGACAGCAUUAAUGUUAUAUGGUUACUUCAUUCCAAUUUCAUUGUAUGUAUCAAUAGAAAUUGUCAAAGUUCUUCAAAGCAUAUUCAUAAAUCAAGAUCUACAUAUGUACUACGACGAAGCAGAUAAACCGGCCCAUGCACGUACUUCAAACUUAAAUGAGGAACUUGGACAAGUUGACACAAUACUUUCUGAUAAAACUGGAACUCUCACUUGCAACUCAAUGGAGUUCAUUAAAUGUUCCAUUGCCGGGGUAGCUUAUGGCCGUGGUGUUACCGAGGUCGAGAGAUCCAUGAGUAGCAGACAUGAUUCUCCUUUGAUUAAUGACAUAAGGGAUUCUCCCAAUAGAAAUCCACCCAUCAAAGGUUUUAACUUUACAGAUGAAAGGAUAAUGAAUGGAAACUGGGUUGAUGAGCCUUAUGCAGAUAUUAUCCAGAAGUUUUUUCGCUUGUUGGCAGUCUGUCAUACAGCCAUACCAGAAGUCGAUGAAGUUGAAGGAAAUGUGUCGUAUGAAGCUGAAUCUCCGGAUGAAGCAGCAUUUGUGAUUGCAGCGCGAGAACUUGGUUUCGAAUUCUAUAAAAGAACUCAAGCUAGUUUAUCCAUGUAUGAAUUGGAUCCAGUUUCUGGUGACAAAGUUGAAAGGAUUUACACACUUCUGAAUGUGUUAGAAUUCGAUAGCUCAAGGAAGCGAAUGUCAGUGAUCGUGAAAGACGAAGGGAGAAUUUUGCUGCUGUGUAAAGGUGCUGAUAGUGUCAUGUUUGAAAGACUUUCCAAGGAUGGGAGGGAAUAUGAAGAGAAAACCUUGGAAGAUGUUCGUGAAUAUUCUGAUGCAGGGCUAAGAACCCUGAUAUUGGCGUAUCGUGAACUCGACGACGAGCAAUACAAGGAGUUUGAUACUGAAUUCUCAAAAGCGAAAAACUCAGUUAGUGCAGAUCGGGAAACGUUGAUAAAUGAGGUAACAGAUAAGAUAGAGAGGGAGUUAAUACUUCUUGGUGCCACUGCUGUAGAGGACAAGCUUCAAAAUGGGGUUCCUGAUUGCAUCGACAAACUUGCACAAGCUGGAAUUAAGAUAUGGGUUUUGACUGGUGAUAAAAUGGAGACUGCCAUCAAUAUUGGUUUUGCUUGUAGUUUGCUUAGAGAAGGAAUGAAGCAGCUUAUAAUUCAGUUGGAGACUCCAGAAAUUCAUGCAUUGGAGAAAGCUGGAGACAAGAGGGCUCUUGCAAAGGCUUCAAAGGAAAAUAUCAGGUAUCAGAUAUCUGAAGGUGCUGAACAGCUUGCUGCCUCUAGAGGAACUUCUGAGCAAGCAUUUGCUCUAAUUAUUGAUGGAAAGUCACUUGCUUACGCUUUAGAGGACAAUAUGAAGGACAUGUUUCUAGCUCUUGCAAUUCGUUGUGCAUCUGUUAUCUGCUGCCGAUCAUCCCCAAAGCAGAAAGCGCUAGUUACUAGACUGGUCAAAUCUGGAACUGGUAAAACUACAUUAGCUAUUGGUGAUGGAGCUAAUGAUGUUGGAAUGCUUCAAGAAGCAGAUAUAGGAGUUGGAAUCAGUGGCGUUGAAGGAAUGCAGGCCGUUAUGUCUAGUGAUAUCGCAAUCGCGCAGUUCCGUUAUUUAGAAAGAUUACUUCUUGUACACGGACAUUGGUGUUACCGGAGGAUCUCAUCAAUGAUAUGCUACUUUUUCUACAAGAAUAUUACAUUUGGAUUUACUCUAUUCUUGUAUGAGGUGAAUGCAUCGUUCUCUGGACAAGCUGAAUACAAUGACUGGUUUUUGUCUCUAUAUAAUGUCUUCUUUUCAUCACUUCCUGUGAUUGCUCUUGGGGUCUUUGACCAGGAUGUAUCUGCUCGGUACUGUCUGAAAUUUCCUAUAUUAUAUCAAGAAGGUGUACAAAAUGUCCUGUUUAGCUGGAGGAGGAUAUUAAGUUGGAUGUUUAAUGGCUUCAUCAGUGCCAUAAUGAUAUUCUUCUUUUGCACAAAGGCAAUGGAGGUUCAACCCUUUGAUAAGGCGGGAAAAACUGCUGAGAGGGAUAUACUUGGAGCAACUAUGUACACAUGUAUUGUUUGGGUAGUGAACUUGCAGAUUGCACUUGCCAUAAGUUACUUCACCUUGAUUCAACACAUUUUCAUAUGGGGAACCAUUGCUCUUUGGUACUUUUUCCUCUUGGUUUACGGCGCAAUAUCUCCUGGGAUUUCAACAAUUGCUUACAAAGUCUUCAUUGAAACUCUUGCACCAUCUCCUUUUUAUUGGAUUGUCACCUUUUUUGUGGUGAUCUCGACACUCAUACCAUACUUCUCUUACUCAGCACUCAAGAUGCAGUUCUUUCCUUGUUAUCAUGACAUGGUACAAUGGAUAAGGUAUGAAGGGAAGACAAAUGAUCCUGAAUUCUGCCAUAUGGUGCGGCAGCGAUCUUUGCGGCCAACUACUGUCGGUUCCACAGCUCGCUUAGCAGCUAAGACUAACAGCAUAAGACAAAAUUCCACUAACCAAAGAUAAUAUAUACUUUCACAUGGUUUUUCUUCUACCUUCGGACUAUGGAGAUUUUGUUGUGUCUCCUCUCAAUUCAGAAAGCUAUAUUGUAAUUUGGAUCUCCUACAACUACUGCACCGUACAUUGUAUACCGACAUUUUUUGGAAUUGAGGUUGUACAGAAAUUACUUUUUUGUCUGCUUUUUGUACCAUAGUUAGUAACUAUAUUUGUGUAGAAUUCUUUUAGGAGUAAUUAUAUCAUAACAUAUUUCCGAUGUCCAUAAAAAGACAACAAAAAUAAAUAUGUACAUAUUUUUAUUCA